UACUAGAAUAUUAACGUUUGAGUGUUCUCAGUAAUUUGUUUCUAUAAGGUUUUAAAGUCUGAUUUAAAAAAAAAAAUUAAGAAUCCAUGGCAGCUUGUGUAAUUGGUGGCACUGGUUUUAUGGCAACUUUGCUUGUCAAGAUUUUGCUUGAGAAAGGGUACACUGUUAAUACAACAGUCCGGGACUCCGGAAAUCAAAAGAAGAUCUCUCACCUCUUAGCAUUACAUAGUUUGGGAAAAUUGAGAAUUUUCCAAGCUGAUUUAACUGAUGAAACAAGCUUUGGUGCACCUAUUGCUGGCUGUGACAUUGUCUUCCAUGUUGCAACACCAAUUAAUUUCGCUUCUCAAGAUCCAGAGAAUGAUAUGAUCAAACCAGCAAUAAAAGGAGUUCUCAAUGUUCUGAAAGCCUGUGCUAAAUCAAACACAGUUAAGCGUGUAAUCUUGACCUCAUCAGCUGCAGCUGUGACUAUCAACAACCUUAAUGGCACAGGCCUCGUCAUGGACGAGUCUAAUUGGACGGACGUCGAGUUUCUGACUUCGACAAAACCACCCACCUGGGGGUACCCUGUCUCUAAAACAUUAGCUGAAAAAGAAGCUUGGAAAUUUGCAGAGGAGAACAAUAUUAAACUAAUCACUGUAAUUCCAUCUCUCAUGGCUGGUUCUUACCUUACUCCAGAAACUCCAAGCAGUGUUAAUCUUGCCAUGUCCUUGAUCACAGGGAAUGAAUUCCUUAUAAGUAACUUGAAGAGUAUGCAGAUGUUAUCAGGUUCAAUAUCUAUUACACAUGUGGAGGAUGUUUGUCGCGCCCAUAUUUUUGUUGCUGAGAAAGAAUCAGCUUCGGGACGAUACAUUUGCUCUGCCAUCAACACCAAUGUUCCGGAGCUAGCAAAUUUCUUGAAGAAAAGAUAUCCAACUUCGGAUGUUCCUACAGAUUUCGGGGACUUCCCCUCCAAGGCCAAGUUGAUCAUCUCAUCAGAAAAACUCAUCAAAGAGGGAUUCAAUUUUAAGUAUGGGAUUGAAGAGAUUUAUGAUGAGUGUCUUGCUUGUUUUAAAGAUAAGGGGUUUAGAACUGAAUAGUUCAGUUAAUCUUGUGCCAAAGAGCAGCAACACUUCUAUCAGCAUUUGCUUUGAAGAAGAAAAAAAUGAAUGUAGUUGCGAAAGAAGGAAGAUGUUAUAUAUAAAAUAACUAUAGUUGGACUUCUAUCA